ACUGAAAUGGAUUCAGAUGCCAGCUCCACGUGCAGCCGAUCCUCAUCUCCAGACCUGGUGGUGGAUGACUCUGCCGGCAGCUUCUUCUCCAACACUAUUUUUCAGAAAUACUGCCAGGAAAAUAGAAAUGGCAGUGAGGCUAACCAAGACAGGAUGGAACGUGGAGGCGGGAAAACCAAGAGCAGGUCUGAACUCAGCAAGGAGGAGAUGCAAGACUUAAGGCUCAAAGUCAACAGCAGGGAGAGGAAGAGGAUGCAUGACCUGAACCAGGCCAUGGAUGGACUGAGGGAGGUGAUGCCCUACGCUCACGGACCUUCUGUUCGCAAACUGUCCAAAAUAUCCACCUUGCUUCUAGCUCGCAAUUACAUCCUUAUGCUGUCCAGCUCUCUAGAAGAGAUGAAAAAACUGGUCGGGGACGUCUACGGAGGUGGUGCUGCCGCCCAGAGCCGCUCCACCGCCCACUCAACUAUCAACCAUGCAGCCACAUCUGUUCACCUCCCUCUGCAUCCUCUGGCCCAGUCCCUUCACUCUCUGGUGGGCAGCACACCUACAGCUCUGCAGCAUCACUCCUCUCCUCCCUCUUCAGCUCCAGCUCCUCAUUCCCCUCCAUCAGCUAGCUUCCUGGGCUUCCACGCUCCAGUGCAGGGCCUUCUCAAGGACCCGCUCCACCUUGGUGGCUCCUACAGACAUUUUCCUGGCAUGCCAUGCCCCUGCACACUCUGCCAGCCUCUGCCGACCGCCACCUCCACAUUGCACGGCUUGUCUAUGAACAAAUGAAGGAGGACUCGCCAACAAAGUGACUGAAGCCAAACUUGUUCAUAUUGUACAUACAAACUGCUGCUAUUUUGUCAAAAAAUAUUUUGUACUUUGUGAUAGAGCAA